UCCUGAGCGCGACUCGCACUGAUCAGCACUCGAACGCACACUAUGCUGUAUUUUGACGCGCGUCCAAGCCACGUGACUUCACCGUUCAAAUACCAGUCGCGGGCGUAAGCCGCGUGUGUUUUGUUUUUGUUGACUGUCAACAGUGGUCGCUUCCGUUGGGCAUGCUGAGCGCCCAGCUGACUUGUUCGACUUGCUGAGCUAGAAAGAUUGCUGCGUUGGCUUCAACACCGGUUGUCGUGGGCUACAGCCUUGUCGGCGUGUACCCCUGCGCGGUACUCAAACCAGAGACUGAAACGACUGCACCAGGACCCAUACGCACAAGGGUGGCUACUCAGAGGCCUCAGCCUUACCAAGUCCCGAGCCAGAUUAACCAAGCCGGCUCAAACACGGCAGCAGCUACAGCUAGAGUGGGGGCGCCAAAAGUUUUGGUAGCCUCUUGCCAGUGCAACAACAUCAAUCCCCCACCUCCGGUUGUCCCAGAACAAGUGGCGCAAAACUCUACACCAAUGUUGUUCGUGCCAUUCUCCAUCUCCAGUUUUGUGCCACCAAUCAAUGGUGCCACUCUUCAUGCCAACAACUGCAGCCCAUCUAAGGACAUGAAAGGUGGAUGGACCGCCUCUUCCCCUGGCAGUACGACCCCUGGAAACCCCCCGCCUCCUACGCUACUGGCCGUCCAGCCUGUGCUCGCUCAGGCUCAAACUGGUACUCAGAUACCGACCACGCAACAGGCUACGCAACAACUCAAAUUGGACACUUCCAAGCAUCACCAUAUUUUCGUUGGCGACUUGAGUCCCGAAAUAGAGACGCAAACGCUCAGGGAGGCAUUCCAGGCCUUCGGAGAUAUAUCGGAUUGUAGGGUAGUGAGAGAUCCACAGACUUUGAAAUCGAAAGGAUAUGGAUUCGUCUCUUUCGUCAAAAAAUCGGAGGCUGAGAGUGCAAUUGCUGCAAUGAAUGGACAAUGGUUAGGAAGUAGAAGUAUUCGCACAAACUGGGCCACAAGAAAACCUCCAGCCCCCAAAAACGAAGUUAAUUCCAAACCGUUGACUUUCGAUGAAGUCUACAAUCAAAGCAGCCCUACAAAUUGUACAGUCUACUGCGGUGGAAUAACGAAUGGUCUCACUGAAGAGUUGAUGCAGAAGACUUUCACUCUGUUUGGAACCAUCCAGGAAAUCAGGGUCUUCAAGGAGAAGGGAUAUGCUUUCGUCAGGUUCUCCACAAAGGAAUCCGCCACACACGCCAUCGUUGCAGUCCACAACACGGAUAUCAAUGGGCAAGUAGUUAAAUGCUCAUGGGGAAAGGAAUCCGGUGAUCCCAACAAUGCUCCGGUUGCUGGACAGGCUUUGACAGGAACCCAGUACCCUUAUGGAGCUUACGGUCAACAAGUAGGCUACUGGUAUCCCCAAGGAUUCCCAGCUGCCACAGCAGCUCAAAUGCAGGGUCAAUUUCUACAAGGCAUGCAGGGUUAUUCCUAUGGACAAUUCGCUGGCUACCAGCAGUCUUAUAUGGGUAUGGGCAUGCAGGUGCCUGCCACAUGGCAGGGUAUUCCUGGCCAGCCCCAAAUCGCAACGACUCCACAACAAAUAGCAGCACCAGGGGCAGCCCUACAACAACCAGGCAUUGUGUUUCCACUUCAACAGUACCAAGCCUUACUUGGAAUUACUCAAUAAAGUAAAGACCAUCGUGGAAAUUUUAAAAGGCACAAUGAAACACACACGAUGACAUUUAGAGCCAUUAGAAGAACGAUAUCUUUAAUCAUCGCGAAUUGUAUUUUAUUCGUGCCAAAUUCGUGUAACUAGUCAAUGUUGUAAAAUUCCUGCGACACCUUCUUUAUAUGCUUUCGUUUAUCAUCAUGGGGCGAGAUUUUUUUUUUCCAAAACGAGUGGUGAGAUGUUUGAAUAGAAUUCGACUGAUCAAAAUUUUCUUUGCAAAUAUUUCCUGAUGAAUACACAUAAUCAUCACCAGCUUUUGAAAUCAGUUUCAUUGUUAUCAUCCUCCACAACAUUGAGAAUAUAUUUCAAUUAUACUCUUUCAGCUUAUUAUUUGGCUUAUUUUGUUCUGAAGUUAUAUAUUGUAUGUAAAAUUGGAAGUUUCCACUCUCUUGUUGGGUUCUAUUCAAACGUAGUCUCUCGCACCGCACAACGCAGUUUUUCACCAACAGCAUGCCACUGACAAAUCUCACCUAUAUUUAUAAAUACAUACAAGUACUUCAGAGAAUAUACCGCUGAAAAAUUAAUCCAACCCAAUCAAUUUUUUUAUUGCUACACUAAGGGUUUAAAAUGUAAUUAAUGAUGAAGUGGUAUAUUCCCUGAAUGUUUAUGUCCCCUGCCAACUCCUGACUUACGUCGUGUGUGUUGGCAGCUUGGAGAAGAAGAUUGGCUUGCCCCUAGUCUACUAGUGUGAUCAGCCCCUUACAGUGACAAUCCUGGAUGGGGUGAGAUAUUUUAGAGCACACUACUUCCGAAAGAACAAUCAUUACCAAUUUCAACACUAGUUACCUGUAAUCUGCUGUAGUGUUAUGAUAACUACAUUAUAAAAGAAUAUAAAUGUUGAACAUAUUAGAAUGUAAGAAUUUAUAUUUUUAACAAGUUACCUAUUCAAAGAAGGUGGAUGCAACAGUUUAUACACGCCAUUUUAUUCUCAUUCUUAAUACCAAUUUCACAUGUGGAGUUCGAAAUUGUCUGAUAUAGUUUUUCAAUAAAACGAAAGCCUAAAAACGUUAUCCAAUCAUUCACGAAUGUCUUAUACCUGAAGUCUAUACACUGUUGCGUUUGUCACCUAGCAGGACAGACUUUAAGUUUUAUUGUACAAAAACCAAAAAUAGCUAAAAUUAUUUAGAUAGGUAGUAGAUAGGUUAGUGGUAGUUAUGUAAUCGAAUGUUUUGAGGUGACGAAUCUGGACAAUUAUUGGAUAGAGAGUCGCCUCAGAAAUGUUGGAAAAUGUGUUAAUAUAAAAUUAAUAUGUAAUAUUACUGUACAUACCAAGAGAGUUUUAGUAAUAUGGUUGAAUAGUCGAGGUUUUUAUAACCACUGAACAAACUGAAGUUAAAUUAUACUACCGAUGAAUGAUGGUUGGUUUUUCGUUUUUUGAAAGCUUUAAGAAUGCUAGUAUUAAAAUUUUAAGCGUUUGUUUUGCUACAUAUUUUAUAUUGUUUACCCCAAAAGAAGAAUUUUUGAGUUUAAUAAAUUCUUGUUCGUCUUCUGA